CCUCUCUUCAGAUCCAAGUCUCCGUCUGGUAAAAGCUUCAGCUCCGAGGAAAGAAGAAGAAGAAGAAGGAGGAGAAGAAGAGCCACAUUCCCCUGCCCAAGUGCUGCUGAAGGAGAAGAACGGCAAUGGAGGCGAAAGGGGUCUCCGCCUUUGCAGUUAUUGCCAUCCUAUCCCUCAGCCUCCUGCUACUCGCGGCGGACGCCUUGGAUGACGGGAAGACGCUGGUGAAGAAGGUGAAGGGCAAGAAGCUGUGCAAGAAGACGGAGUGGGAGUGUAACCAGUGGUCGGUGUACUGCUGUAACGAGACGAUCUCCGACGUCUUCCAGGUCUACCAGUUCGAGAACCUCUUCUCCAAGCGGAACUCCCCCGUCGCCCACGCCGUCGGCUUCUGGGACUACCAGUCCUUCAUCCUCGCCGCCAACAUCUACGAGCCCCUCGGCUUCGGCACCACCGGCAACAAGACCAUGCAGAUGAUGGAAAUCGCCGCCUUCCUGGGCCACGUCGGCGCCAAGACUUCCUGUGGGUAUGGAGUUGCGACCGGAGGACCACUGGCCUGGGGCCUUUGCUACAAUAAGGAGAUGAGCCCGAGCCAGUCAUACUGCGACGACUUCUACAAAUUUGAAUAUCCAUGCACUCCUGGAGCUGAAUAUUAUGGCCGCGGAGCCUUGCCUAUCUACUGGAACUACAACUAUGGUGCGGCUGGAGAGGCAUUGAAGGCGGACCUCCUGAAUCAUCCAGAAUACAUCGAGCAGAAUGCAACCUUAGCCUUCCAGGCUGCUAUUUGGAGGUGGAUGACCCCAGUGAAGAAGGGCCAGCCCUCAGCCCAUGAUGUCUUUGUUGGCAACUGGAAGCCCACCAAGAACGACACCCUCGCCAAGCGGGUCCCUGGGUUUGGUGCCACCAUGAACCUCCUCUACGGGGACCUCACCUGCGGGAAAGGCGACAUCGACCCCAUGAACGUAGUCAUGUCUCACUAUCUCUACUAUCUUGACCUGCUGGGUGUGGGGCGAGAGGAAGCAGGCCCCAACGAAGUGAUGAGCUGUGCAGAACAAGGUCUGUUCAACCCUCCUGCUCCACCUUCCACAACUGCUGCCGCCUCUUGAGCUCCCUUGAGCCCGGGGUUUCGUAAGUCACUGAGUCAAUGAAUCAUCAUCAAUAAGGAUCAUGUCGAAACUGUGCCUUAUUGCUUCUUAGUGUCGGAAUUGGCCGAGAGCUUACAUAAGAAGAAAAAUUGGGUUGCAUAUAUGUGUAAGAAGAUUUAGCCGCUAUUUAUCCCGAUAUUUGUUGUUUGUUUGGUCCCUCAAUAUUUGUUCUGAUAUGUGUUAAGUAGGUACUGUCCAGUCCACUGUUCUUUUGUCUUGUAAUUCUUGGAAAACAUAUACAUCUACUUUUGAUUUGUGUGCUCUGACUCUCUUC